AUGUCAGAGCAUGAGUAUCUGCCGUCUCCUUCGCCGGAAGAAGACUGGGGCGACACAGAUCGGGAAUGGGUCGUUGACGGGGUUGUCGGAGAGAGCAUAGACGCUUUCGGUCAAAAGAGAUAUGAGGUAAAAUGGGGAGAAGGGUGGAAACGCAACGAUGGCACGAACACGACGUGGGAACACCCGCGAGAAGACCUCGAAGAGCUCAUUGACAAAUGGGAGCGGAAACAAACUGCGAAACGGAUGGAGAAGGCAAAGGCAAGUCCUGCGAUUGCGAUAAACGUCGAAGAUUGGCACAUGCUGCACGAGAAUCGGACGAUCGAACGCGCGCGAGGGUACGAGGAACUCAAGAAGCUGUAUAUCCGUGGAGACCCGCGCCAACCUAUCGACUUCGAUGGGCAACUGAAACGGCUGAAACCUGUUCGUAACAACAGUCACACGGCAUCUAAGACAUUGACUUCCAGAAGCGCGUCUGUCGCGCAGUCCUCCAGGGAGGCGUCAAGAGAGAAAUCGAAAACACCGGGAUCAGGGGCCUCGUCGUCGGGACCGUCGCAAAGGCCGAUAAAGCCCCUCCCAAAACGAUCUUUCCGAAGACUGCCGUCGUCAUCUCCGGCGCCGGACUCAGAGGAGGAGAAGAAAACAGGAAGGCGUGCGCCGCCACGGGAAACAAAACGUCGCAGGCCGCUGGAGAAGAAAUGGGCGGAGAGCCUGAACGGUGCCGCCCCUGUUACCUUCGUGAACGACAUCAGCUACGAGGAGGUCCCCCCUCUUGUUCCAGACUUCCAAUACCUCGAACGGCGAUAUGUUCGAGCUGAUGGUGUGAGCUCGGCAGAACACCGACGGGAAUUCUUGCUCAGUUGCGAAUGCGAAAGACGUUGUCUGGACGCCGAUGACUGCGAGUGUCAGAAGCCCUCGGGGUUGCAGACAGAUGAUGGUCAUGGGAUCUUUGCCUACAACAAAAAGAAGCUGUUCAAUUUUAAACUGCCUCUCGGAAUGGGUUUGGAAGUGAUAGAGUGUAACGAAAAUUGCACCUGCGAUGAGAGAUGCCACAACCGUGUCGCCCAGCUCCCCAGAGACGUGCCCAUUGAGAUAUUCUUGACACAGAGCCACGGAUGGGGAGCGAGAGCAACCGUCCCCGUCCCAAGAGGUAAAGUCAUCGGUGUAUACACUGGGGAGCUGAUAACUCGCGAGAUUGCAGAACAGCGUCACGCACUGGGUGAUGGACGCAAGUCGUACAUCUUCGAUCUCGACGUUCAUGAGGGCGAUGACGACGAUGACGAAGACCAGUCCGCAGGAAGAUACUCUGUCGAUGGAUAUGCACACGGAAACUGGACCAGGUUUGUGAACCAUUCCUGCGAGCCUAAUAUGCGAGUCGUCCCGGUCGUUUGGGACACCAUACCCGAACUCAAACAACCUUUCUUGGCAUUUGUCGCCACAGAAGAUAUCCCACCUCGCACCGAACUGACGAUCGAUUAUGAUCCGAAUGCUGCUCUAGAGGCCCAGAAAAACCACAGCAAGCGGCCUCGGACAAGACCGGAAGGGGCAAGAGAGUGUAUGUGCAAUACGGAGAGCUGUCGCGGAUGGAUCCGAGUAUGA